AUGGAUAGCACCUAUAUGACAACGAAGCCAGCUUUAAACCUGCGAGACUUUCUAUCCGACUAUCAAAAUAAGAUAUCCGGUACUGCAGACGAAGUGCCCUUCUUUCUGCAAACAAACCCAGUACUUGUCGACGUGUCUGAUAGCUGUUCUCUGGACUUGAUCGAGUCCCCAGACGACAGCUCGAUUGCAGUCUUCCAGCCCGCCGCAGACAAAUGCCGCCCAACCUUUUCUCUGCCACAGGAGAACCAGCAUGUGCCCUCCACAUUUACGGCUCUAAGCCAGCACAAGGACAAGUCCCGUAAGUGUCCCUUUGGCCGCACCCAGUACAGCCACAAACUGAAUCCGCCGCCGACAGACGCUCCUAACCUCCACCUCGAUGCUUGCGGUGAACUGGAGCUAACCGUGCGUGUCUAUCGACCACCGCGGGCCUACCAUCGCGGGUUUAAGGUGGAGAUUCCCGUUUUCGCCGAGGAAUUCGUAUGUCUGGGCAGCAACUAUCUGACCGAGCUGCGGGACAAGAUCAGCUGCGUUUGCAAUGGAAAACGCUUUGUCGACAUCAGCGACGAUCCGGAUGCACCGUUGCCAUCCAUUGACACAAAUCCCGGUUACUUCUUCAUCAACGACACAUUCUACAACGACCAGCGGAAUCCGAACAAUCCCGACUAUUCCAAGACCGUGUUGCAGUGGGCGGCCAAAGCGAACGGAGUGAACGGAGAAACGCUUAAGGUGGAGAGUAUGGAGGGCAAAAGAUUCAUCGAUCUUACUGUCAGCCCCGGGUCACCGCUACACUACCUGCACCACGGCAAUUGCGAGCACCUGUUCGUGAUCUCCCAGAUCGAGGUGCUAACGCCGCUCAGUAAACGGCCAGAUCGCAGCCUGUAUCCCUAUCCUCACGCCUUCAGCACCUUUAACCGCAGGACCUGCUAUAUGUGCGGCAUUCGCAGCUAUAGCUUCAUCGUGAACCAGUCCCGGCGACAGCUGCACGAUCCCUCCUACCUGUGCCGCAGUUGUUUUCUCAGUUUCUUUUACGUGGAUGGUGUCAAGCUGGGCCAGUUCAAAGCCUAUCGCAUGUACGACCAUGUAGAGCUGGAGAACGAAGAGGAGGACGUUAAAGAACAAAAUCUCCCCUUCUGAAUAAACAUGCAGAUGUGUGAUUUUUUCUUUAUUUGCGAUCUCCUUUGACUGCAAGAUCGCUCAAGGAGUUGAUUGAUAUUUUGUUCUUGUAAAAUAUUCGUAGAUAGAUUUAAAUAAAAUACAUACACGUUGCAACAAGA